AUGGGGCUGAAGAAUCAUCUCACGUUUUGCGGUUACCAUACUGUUAAACCGAACAGUGCUCAUAGUCCUAGUGCUGCUACUCGGCCCUAUACUGAUGCUGCAGUACUACUUGCUUAUAUAUUUGAUGCGAAUGCGGCGAACCCAUGUGUUGGUGUCGCGCAGUGCGGUCUUCGAAGAGGUCGGCGAGAAGACCACUACCACUACCAGUGUUAA